AAAAAAUGAGUUGGUUCAAUUAUUAUAGCUGUAGUCACUGUUGAAAGAGACCAAACACAACUUGAAAAAGAAGAAUGAUCUCUUACUCAAUUGCAGGUUACAUUUAAAUUUUGAAUUUUUAUUUAUAUUAAAAAUAUUACAUUUAUUUAAAAAAUGUUAAAACUCAUUCAGUCUCUUACUAGAUACCGACAAAUUUUGCCAAUCCAGCGCAUUAAUUGCCCUCAGGUAAACUCCAGUUUUAGUACAGCCCAAGAGCCUGUAAAUGAACAGAAAAUAUUAGAAAAACUUAGAGGUCGAUUUCCAAGUGCCUCAUCAAUUCAUGUCGAAGAUACUUCAGGGGGUUGCGGUGCUAUGUUCAAUGUUUCCAUAGAAACAUCCGAUUUCAAAGGAUUAUCGAUACCUAAGCAGCAUAAGAUUGUAUACGAUGCUUUGAAAGAAGAAAUUAGUAAAAUACACGGGAUACAUUUACAGACUAUAGUUUCAGAUUAGAAGUGUAGUGAAUUCGAACAAUAGGUUUUGAAGUUUUUAAGUUGUUAGUAGAUUAUCUGUUACUGUAUGCUAUUUUCGAUUAAAUGAAUUAAAGAAGUG